ACAAAGCUGUGCUGAUUUUUUUAUUACAACAACUUUCUUGAUACCUUCCUUGAUGAUAUUUGAUAUUGCAUACUCAUACUAAACAGAAAAGGGUGAAUUUAGGAAAUAAAUUGCAAGAAUACACUGAAAUGUACAUCUCCUGAGGGGUUUUGUCCCUCUUCUUUAGACGUUAGACUUGUUAAUGGGGACAAUAUAUGUUCCGGAAGAGUGGAAUACUCCCACUGGGGACAAUGGGGAACCAUCUGUGAUAUUGGCUGGGAUGCUACAGAUGCUGCAGUGGUGUGUAAACACAUGGGUUGUGGGACCCCUAUAGAAGCAAAGACCAGGGCAUAUUUUGGACAAGGCUCAGGACAAAUAUGGCAGGAAAAUUUGAGGUGUCUUGGGAAUGAACCAGGAUUGUAUUGGUGCCCAUCAAGUGGAUUGGGAGUCAGCAGCUGCAACCAUACACAAGAUGCUGGGGUCAUCUGUCGAGAUUUGAAGUUGGUGGGCGGUGUCAACGCAUGUGAUGGCAGGGUUCAGAUUCUGUAUGAUAAUCACUGGGGAGCAGUGUGUUACAAUGGUUGGGAUCUAAUAGAUGCUACAGUUUUGUGUAGAGAGCUGGGCUGUGGUGACUUUGCAAAAGUGAAGGGAUAUAUUGGUCCUGUGGGGCCAGUGUGGAUGGAUAAUCUCAGCUGUACAGGAAAAGAGUGGACAGUGCGAGACUGCCCUUUCACUGGGGGUGUGAGCAGUUGUUUGAAUGGGGUUCAUGCAGGUGUUCUUUGCACAAAAUUUGUUAGAAAAGGCAUGGUGAAGAUUUUGGUGAAGGCUAAAACUGGAGUCAAUGUAAAUGGCGCAAUUAUCAUGAAAAACCUUUUGGACAGGAUGACAGAAGUGGUUCAAGGUCCAAAUAAGAAGUUUAAUGUGACAUGGAGAACACAGUCUGAUGGGCUUGUAUUCCACAAAAAGAACACAAUGGCAGGUCAGGGGUCAGAGGGCCUCAAUCCUUGCAUGCCAGUCAACUAAAUAUUAUUCCUAAUAAUAUAAAGGCAAUCUUUUAAUGUUAACUUUUGCUUCACUAUCUGUACUCAACUUUAUAAUUAAUUAGAAUUAAACCUUAUUAUGAAAUAUGUAGUAGGUGGUGCAUGGCUUAAGAAAACACAAAUUAAGCUCUACACUAUUAAAUCUGAUAAUUAAUUGUUCUCUAUAUCAACAUAAACUGGUUGCCAGAGCACAAAUUUUUCAGGGAUUGCUGGUGAUUUGAUGUAUCCAAAUGAGCAGAGUCCAGCAGAGGGAGCGUCUUACAUACCACAUGACCAGUUAAACAAACUGAGUAGAUCUCAUUUAAACCUUCUUCUGAGUUUGCCUUGUAAAUAGAUGCACUGUGAAAGAGUUGCAGUGCAGAUGAAUGAAGUGAACAUAAUGAAAAGAUACAAAAUCAGGAAGUGAAACUUUUUUUUUUUUUUUUUUAACAGCUAAAGGAUUAUUUUGCUCAUUAACAACAUUGUACUGUAUGCUUUAAAAUUAUAAUGUUUUAUUUUUACAACAAUGUUAAAACUAAAAAAUGUACUUAAGUUUAAAUUUUCCAUCAUUUUUUAACUCAUAAUCAUUACAAUGUGUUCAAUAAUACACACACAUAUAUAUAUAUAUAUAUAUAUAUAUAUAUAUAUCACAUAGUUGUUUGGCUCCAUUUUAAAUCAUAAUGAUAACAGAAAUCACCCAAAUGGCCCUGUUCAAAAGUUUUCAUACCCUUGAAUGUUUGACCUUGUUACAGACAACAAGGUGACACACACAGGUUUAAAUGGCAAUUAAAGGUUAAUUUCCCACACCUGUGGCUUUUUAAAUUGCAAUUAGUGUCUGUAUAUAAAUAGUCAAUGAGUUUGUCAGCUCUUACGUGGAUGCACUGAGCAGGCUAGAUACUGAGCCAUGGGGAGCAGAAAAGAACUGUCAAAAGACCUGCGUAACAAGGUAAUGGAACUUUAUAAAGAUGGAAAAGGAUAUAAAAAGAUAUCCAAAGCCUUGAAAAUGCCAGUCAGUACUGUUAAAUCACUUAUUAAGAAGUGGAAAAUUCAGGGAUCUCUUGAUACCAAGUCAAGGUCAGGUAGACCAAGAAAGAUUUCAGCCACAACUGCCAGAAGAAUUGUUCGGGAUACAAAGAAAAACCCACAGAAAUACAGGCUGUUCUGGAAAAAGACGGUGUUGUUGUUUCAAAUAUAUAUAUAUAUAUAUAUAUAUAUAUAUACACAUGUGUGUGUGUGUGUGUGUGUGUGUGUGUGUGUGUUACAUCAGUUUGUCAGUGAACUAUUUCUUGUAUUCAGUGAGCUGAGCAUAAUUUUUUAGAAUAAAUAAUUUUAACAAUAAAUAACUUUAGGAUCUGUGCAGUCUGAAUAAUGACCAAAG